UGUGAUCUGACUGUUCAGAGCAGGUUCUGCUGCCCCCAGGCUGAUGCGCGUCCCGCCCAGCCAGCGCCUGGAAUGGAGUGAGUCUAUGAGCCCUCUCCGGAUCAGCGUUGGUGGCCUUCCCGUCCUAGCGUCCAUGACUAAGGCUGCUGACCCCCGCUUCCGACUGCGCUGGAAGGCCAUCCUGGUGUCCUCGCUCAGCGUUGCCUUGGGGCUGCUCCUGCUCUGCUUUCACCGCUCGGCCACGGGGAGACCGGCCCCAGCCAACGCCCACAACUGGCGGCUCAGCCCGCUGCCCGGGGACAGGUACAAUGACACCUACCCGCUGUCCCCGCCCCAGAGAAACUCGGAAGGGGUGCGCUACAGGAUCGGGGUCAUUGCCGACCUGGACACCAGCUCCAAGGGGCCACAGGAGCACACCUGGUUCAGUUACCUGAAGAAGGGCUACCUGACCCUGUCGGCCAGCGGGGACAGAGUGACGGUGGAGUGGGACCGGGCCGACAGCGUGCUGGAGUCCCAUCUGGCCGAGAAGGGGAGAGGCAUGGAGCUCUCUGAGCUGGUUGUCUUCAACGGGAAGCUGUAUGCAGUGGACGACCGGACGGGAGUGGUCUAUCUGAUCGAGGGCACCACAAUGGUCCCCUGGGUGAUCCUAUCGGAUGGGGAUGGCACCGUGGGCAAAGGCUUCAAAGCAGAGUGGCUGGCAGUGAAGGAUGAACACCUGUACGUGGGUGGCCUGGGGAAAGAGUGGACCACGACCACCGGGGAGGUGAUGAAUGAGAACCCCGAGUGGGUGAAGGUGGUCGGCUCCAAGGGGGACGUGGGCCAUGAGAACUGGGUGUCCAACUACAACGCACUGAGGUCAGCGGCUGGCAUCAGGCUCCCAGGUUACCUGAUCCAUGAGUCGGCCGCCUGGAGCGAGACGCUGCAGCGCUGGUUCUUCCUGCCGCGCCGGGCCAGCCAGGAGCGCUACGACGAGAAGGCCGACGAGCACCGGGGUACCAACCUGCUGCUGCGGGCCACGCAGGACUUCAGCGACAUCGCCGUCAGCCACGUGGGGGCUGCCGUCCCGACCCACGGCUUCUCCUCCUUCAAAUUCAUCCCCGACACUGACGACCAGCUCAUCGUGGCCCUGAAAUCGGAGGAGGACGAUGGCAAGAUUGCCACCUACAUCAUGGCCUUCACGCUGGACGGGCGCUUCCUGCUGCCGGAGACCAGGAUCGGGGCCGUGAAAUACGAAGGGAUUGAGUUUAUUUAACAGGGACUCUGUCCUGGGCUCGAGAGACAGGGGCAGGGACGCCCCGGGGUCGGGCGUGGGGCUUUGCCUGAGCGUUGUCACCACUGGGGGGCGCACUGCUCCCGAGCUGGGCAGGGCAGCCGGCCUGGAUCGGCUCCGGGGAGGGGUCCCAGGCUCCUGCAGUUACCAUGCUGGUGAGUUGCUGCAGCACACGUGGCUUGAAUGGCUGCGCCCCAGCACCUGGUGGUGAAAGGCCACCGCUGCAAGCUUCCACGUGGCCCUCUGCAGGGCUGCAAGCCCUUGUCCUGCACCCCAGGGCCCUUCCUGGGCUGCCCCGCUGGGCGCUGGCAGGGGAGGUCCCCAGGGGGCUUCGCGAAGCUGUGAGGUAGCUGCUUGGGGAGCGUUUCCUUUCCUGCCCAGCCAGGUCAGUGGCAUUGCUCAGCAUCUCUGAGCCUGGCCCAUGGUUGUCUGCCCCUCCCACAGGCAGGGCCUGCACCUGCUACGUUGCCCUGGAGUUUCCCUGCAGCACAGAGUUGCAGCAGCUCGUGCCAACAGGGCCGUGCCCAGUAGGCUGGUGUGUAGCAACCAGCCCCCAGAUGCUGCUCUUCUGCCUGUAUGGCUGCAGCACGGCCUGGAAAGAGCCCGCGGAACAGCCGGGGCAGGUGCACAGGGCCCGGCUGGGUUGGAAGGGAGCCAUGCUACAGCCCGGGUCGUUUAACGGAUUAAAUUAACCAAAGUGAAAUGUUCCCGAA